UGUCGCUUGACCCCUUCGAUAUCGUCGAGAGUUUUGGCUUCUUUUCCACCUUGGUCGUACAAAGAUGCCUCGAAUUACUCGCAGUGCUCAGAAACAAAUCGAAUUUCGUUGUCAGAAGACUCGAUCACAGCAGAAGAAGAACGAAGGAACGAUCGCGGCAAGUCGAAGCAAACACACACGAGAAUGUUCGAUCUCACCGAGAAAACGCCGCGAUCCCGCGAAGGCUUGUCAAACACCGGUUUCCGUAUCCCCGAAGAAGAGAAAGAACAAUGAUGGAAAGGUUAGAGACGUUGUUUCCAGCGAUGAAGAGAACUCUGAUCCAAAACAGAAGCUUUCGUUUGCAGGGCUUGAUUCACCAAAGACAACACCAAGAAACCAAGCAAGAUUCAAGAGUAAAAAUGCUGGUCUUAAAGAGGGGUCAGAACCAAGGAAAAUAAUCUCGCUUGCUCGUCAGGAUGGUCAGCAAUAUUCAAAAGUAAGAAGGGCUCUUCAUUCUUCACAUCCUAAUAACUUGCUGUGUCGAGAGAAAGAGAUCACAGAAAUAAGAAAAUUUCUACAGAAUCAUCUGCUUAAGGGAAAACCAGGAAGUCUGUACAUAUCAGGUGCUCCUGGCACAGGAAAGACAGCUUGUUUGACAAAGAUUAUGUUUGAAAUGAAGGAUGACAUCAGAAAAUGCCAAGUUAUCUUUGUGAACUGCAUGGCACUUAAACAACCUCAAGACAUUUUCAAGAAGAUAGCAGUUGAAUUAGUGGGAGAAGACCAGUGUCCAGCAAAAACUUCACAAAAAUUCCUUGAAGAGGAAUUUUCUUCAUCAGCUGCAACAAGAAUCCUUAUCUUAGAUGAAAUGGAUCAACUUGAAUCAAAACAUCAGGAAAUUCUUUACACUAUGUUUGAAUGGCCCUCUCUGCCAAAAUCAAAGCUAAUUCUAAUUGGGAUUGCAAAUGCCUUGGAUUUGACUGACAGGAUUCUUCCAAGACUACAAGCUAGACCUAAAUGCAAACCAGAGCUUCUUCACUUUGCACCUUACACAAAGGAACAGAUUGUACAAAUUAUAAAGGACAGAUUGACAACGGUGGAUGAUGGAAAUAACAUUCUUGAUGCUUCAGCUGUGCAGUUUUGCGCAAGAAAGGUGUCGGCCAUGGCAGGUGACAUGAGAAAAGCCCUAGAUAUCUGCAGGCGAGCAGUUGAAGUGGUAGAAUCUGGGGAAAGAAAGCAACAGAUUUUACAACCAGUUGGAAAAGCUGAAUCUCCCUCAAAAAAGCUUGAAACUCCACCAAAGCCUAAAAAGGUUGGAAUUUCUCAGAUUGCUAGUGUUGUAGCAGAAGUUUAUGGAUCUCGUCUGGUCUCUGGCCCUGGAAGUGAACAGCCAACAAUACCACUGCAACAGAAGCUUCUUAUCUGCACGUUUUUGUUGAUGACAAAGGAACGCAACACCAAAGAAGUUGUUUUAGGAAAGUUUCACGACACUUACUGUAAAAUCUGUACCAAGAGAAAAGUCUCCCAUCUUGGUCAGGAGGAUUUUCUUGGACUGUGUAACAUCCUUGAGACCAGAGGACUUCUUGGAAUGAAAAGAGCUAAAGACACAAGGAUGAUGAAGGUGACCCUAAAAAUUGAUGAAAAAGAGGUUGACUAUGCGUUACAAGACAAAACAUUACUGUCUUCAAUUCUACAGGAAGGAAUGCCAACAUCUUCUAAGAAAUAAAUUUAAGAUGGCAAAUUUGAAUUUGAAGUUAUUUGCACUUUUUUUUAUAAAAACUUGUUAGAUAAUUUUCUCGAAAGACCAUUUUAUUUCAUUCAAAUGUUUUGCUUCAAUUUGGAUUUAUUUUAAAGUUACCCUUAUUUAAACUGAGUCUUUGAGAGCCAGUAAAAAAUUUUUUGUAACUAUAUAAAGAAUGCAUUAAUUUUAUUUUCAAGUAAAAAAUUUCUGUGACCUGAGGGACUGAUCAUUAUUUAUAGUCAGGGGUAGGGGGGGGUCAGAGGAUUAUGAUUUGCCAAGGACCUCAUUGGACUCUGUAGUAUUUUGAUGAUUCCCCUUUGUUAGCUGUCAAUUUUGUACAGCCCUCCCAUUAUACUCUGUUAGUGACAACUGAUCCUCCCCUCAGUCCCCCCUGGAAAACCAUGUGAUCCCCAAAAUCCUCUGACUCCCCUCCCCCCCCCUCCACCUCACUAGGUGAUAAAUCUUGACUGUUUCCUUAUAGCAGCUUAUUCAUAAAGCCUCUUCAGUCUACCCAAACAGGGCUUAUGUUUUUAAUUGAAACUAUUUUAAAUAUAAUUUCUCCUAGCUAUUAUGAGUAGGUUCAAGA